AUGAUUAUUCGAUUUGCAAUGUAUGGUUGUCGGAAUCGUCCGUUCUUCCACAUUGUUGUUAUUCCUCAACGCAGGACUCGUCAAGGUAAAAUCAUUGAACAGAUUGGAACAUACGACCCUUUGGUUAAUCGCCUCAAUGAGAAGCUGGUGUCAGUGAACUUUAAUCGACUGAGUUAUUACUUGGCUGCUGGAGCCCAUAUGACAAAAUCUGUUGCUCAACUCUUUGGUUUGAGCGGUUUUCUUCCUUUGCACCCUAUGAGUAUCAUUAAUGCCGAGCGUAAUUCAAAAAAGGCAGCUGCAGCAGCCAAAGAAGAUGAGGGUUCUUCAGUGUAUUUGGUAGUCUGGAACAAGGCCAGAGAAGCUGUGUGGGGUUUGGCAAAGCAGAUCUUGAACAAACUGGCAUAUGUCCCUCUCACAAACUGCAAUUCGAGCAGGCUGGUUCCUUCUUCUUCUUUUAAUACCCCCGUACUCUCUCUCAUUUCGCUCAUCCAUUUUUAUGAACCCUUGCACAAACCGGUGGUUGGGAAAUUGAUUGCCUGA